AUGACCUUUGGAGCCCAACCCUUUUACCUGAGCAGUAAACCUGCCUCCUCCUGCACUGCCUACUACCUGAGCAGCAGGGUAACAGAUGACCACCCAGACUCCUACCUCUCCUCCAAGAAGCCUUCUCCGGCCACUCCAGUCCAACCUGACCCCACUCCGACGCUGGAGGGAAGGCAGAAGGGCGGACCCGAUCCCCUCGUGGGACGGAUGAGGGAACUGAGACCCAGGGAGGGUGGGGCCACACCCAAGAUUACACACCAGACUUGGCCGUACGGAUCGGUCCAAGAUGUCCUCCCCGCUCCUCUGGCCCGAGAAGACCCUCCAAACCAGCCGUGGUCGCCCCCGGUUGUGGGGAAGCCGCAGGCAAGUUGGCGAGGCGGCAGCCGGGCUCCUCCUCACCCUCAGCGUCCCCCUGGCCUAGCCCGAUUCCCAGACGAUCAGGAGUCCGGCUGCCUGAGUCCGAGUCCCCUUGCCUCCGGCCACGUCGGGCCGGUGACCUUGGGCUCACUCGGCGCUGCGUUUCCUCCCGGACAAUGCGGCUCGCAGCUCCCCCGCGACGGCGGGCGCGAGCGAGGCAGUGUAUGUGCCCGGCACAGGUCCGGGCUCGGGGCGCGCUGCCCCUGGAGCCCGGCCGCGGCCAGCGCCCCGGACCCAGCCCCGCGCCCCCCGGCCCACGCCCCGCAGCGUCCGCCCGCCCUCCGGCCCCCGACGCCCGGCCGCGAGGACCCGCACGGCCUGUGGCGGCCCCGGCGCCGCCCGCCCUCCGGCCCGCCCGCCGGGUGCAGCGGCGCCGCGGGAGCCGAGCCACCCUCCAGCCCGUGGCAGCCCCUCGCCCACCGCACGGCCGCGCGCUCCUCACCUGGGCACCCCGAGACAGGCGAGGCGGGCCCGGCGCCCAACACCAUGCCCGGCCAACCGGCGGCGGCGAAACGCAGCCCCUAA